GGGCGGGCGCUGCCUCUUCUACAGCGAAUGGCACCGGCGGCGCGGCCCCGGCAUCCCCCAGGAGGAGGAGUUCAAGCUGAUGUUCGGGAUGCUUUUCUCGCUCCGCUCCUUCGUGGCCAAGAUGAGCCCCACGGACAUGCGGGACGGGUUCCUGGCCUUCCACACCAGCAAGUACCGGCUGCACUACCUGGAGACGCCGUCGGGGCUGCGCCUGGUGCUCAACACCGACCCCGGCGUGGCCAGCGCCCGCGAGGCGCUGCAGCACAUCUACGGCAACGUGAGCCCCGCAAUUCCCAAAAAAUUCCUAAAUUCCGGGCCUGAAACCCCACGCCUCGACGCCUUCGUGCGCAGCCUGCCCUACUUCGGGCCCCGCAGCGCCCCGAACUGA